CUCGCAAGAACAGAGAGAGAAAAGAGCGAGGGCGCGCGCAAGAGAGAGAGCGAGGGUGAGCGAGAAGUACAUUUAGGUAAGGCCUUACUGCCGCUCUCCUGUCAAACAGCGCUUCACAAAACAGAUCAAAAUGUCUAGUCAAUUCGAAGAAGAUCUCCACGACCGGGGAGAAUGUAAGAGUAAAUCGCCCACUCUGCUCUCCUCCUACUGUAUAGAUAGUAUUCUGGGCCGACGGAGCCCCUGCAAAGUUAGACUGAUAAGCUCGCAAAGUUUGACAGCUCUACCCGGGAGACAGGAGCACGACAAGCAGACCCAAGGCUCGACUAAAGACCCCAUAUCCCAAGACACGGACAUGCACCUUCCACCAAAGCUGCGCCGGCUCUACGGACCCGGGGGGAAGUACCUGGACCAUGGCAGGGGUUUAGUUCACGACCUAGGGGAGAAAUUGGACAGAGAGAGGCUCCUGGUGGACCAAGCCUGUGAGAGCCUUAAAAUCAGCCAGGCUCCACAGGUGAGCAUCAGCCGGAGUAAAUCGUACCGGGAGAACGCGACCCUGAACCACGGAGACGAAGGCCAGAGUCCCACAGGAGGGCCUGAUGAUGGGCCUCGUCUGAGACUAGGAGAGCUGGAGCAAAUCAAGUUCGAGGAGCACGCUAGGAAAGAUGACGAGAUCUGCGGGGAGGCGUUGGGUCUCUCCCCGAAGGACGAAGAGAGGGAGAGUCUCCACGCCGGGGAUGGAGACGUGAGGGACGGCGAGGAUAGCGUGUGUCUGUCCGCCGGCAGUGACUCGGAGGAAGGAAUGCUAAAACGCAAGCAGAGAAGAUACAGGACUACAUUCACCAGCUAUCAGCUGGAGGAGCUGGAGAGGGCUUUCCAGAAGACACACUACCCCGAUGUCUUCACCAGAGAGGAGCUCGCGUUGCGGCUGGAUCUGACCGAGGCACGCGUGCAAGUGUGGUUUCAGAAUCGCCGUGCUAAGUGGCGUAAGCGAGAAAAGGCGGGUGUCCAGACACACCCCUCCGGACUCCCUUUCCCUGGCCCCCUUUCGGCCGCCCACCCACUCAGCCACUAUCUGGACGGGGGUCCGUUCCCCCCGCACCCCCACCCGGCCCUUGAGUCUGCCUGGACAGCGGCUGCCGCCGCAGCAGCUGCAUUUCCUGGUCUGGCUCCGCCCCAUAGCAACCACUCCGGCCCACCCCUGGGGACGUCGCUGGGCCUUGGAACAUUCCUGGGCACGGCCGCCAUGUUCCGUCACCCGGCUUUCCUCGGGCCCACCUUCGGCAGGCUGUUCUCCAGUAUGGGCCCUCUGACCAGUGCUUCCACCACGGCUGGACUCCUCCGCCAGCCUGCCCCGACUGCCGAGCCUCCCUCCAUCUCUCCCACAGUCCUCUCCGACCCCUCCUCCUCCUCCUCCUCCUCCUCGUCCUCCUCUUCGGCUGCUGCGGACCGCAGGGCCUCAAGCAUCGCAGCGCUGAGGCUGAAGGCUAAGGAGCACUCGGCUCAGAUCACCCAGCUCAACAUCCUGCCCGCUGGAGCUCCGGGGAAGGAGUCCACAUUGAACUGAAUCCACCCAAACACACACACGCGCGCGCAUGCACUUGAACUAAAGCACCAGAAAUGGAAACACUGUGUGGUUCAGCUCCUUCUACGUCCACCCGGUAUGGCUGGCCAUCAGUGCCAAAGCAGAGUGUGAGGAGGUCACCAAGCCAAAGCAACCUGUCCACAGACCUUCCUGUCCUACUCUGCAACCCAUCCUGAAUGCCCUGGCUUAAUCUAACCUGCAUCAAGUUUGUUCUUCAGUCAGCAGUGAUUGGCUAGCACUGUACACGUGCUCAUGUGUUAGCAACAUGUACAUUCAAAGCAGUGCAUAAUUGAAUGUAAUUUCGUGUAAGAGUUUGGAAAACGAAAGUGUGCAUAGUAAAAUUACAUUUCGGCCUAUUAAGUCUGACUAAAUGACAAAUUAAGUGAAGUUUAGAUAAUAUCCAGUGUCACUUAUUGUUGAACUAUGUAAGAAAGAAAAACAAACCUGUGUAAAUAUUAUAGUAAAAAUGGAAAAGGAAACAAAAGAGGAACAUUUUCAAAACAGAGACUUGUAUAUUUGAAAAGAGCACGUUUGAGAAGUUGCACUUAAUGCAAAGUCGUACGUGGCCCGCUGUAGAAAUCUGCCGUGACGUGUUUAUGGAAUAUCAUCGGUUUUUAGAUUUUUAUUUAUGUCGAAACUGUUCCCCAACCGAUUGAGCACAAGACUGGAUUUUUCUUUUAUUGUUGAAGUGAUUGUACAUUUCUUUCUUAAAAUGAAAAAAGAGAAUUGAAUAGGCCUACUUGAACGUGGUGAAAAGAAAUAAAAUCCCUUAGAUUAUUUCAACCCCUUGUAGAACUGACAAAAGC